AUGGAUGGACCAGCCGGCACGGCUUCGGCCAAUAACUCUAGCGACUUCGUGCGCAAGCUAUACAAAAUGUUGGAGGAUCCUUCAUAUGCGUCAGUCGUGCGAUGGGGUGAUGAAGGAGAUAGUUUCGUGGUGCUCGAGAACGAGAAAUUCACGAAAUCCAUUCUUCCAAAGCAUUUCAAACACAGCAAUUUUGCGAGCUUCGUGCGGCAAUUGAACAAAUACGACUUCCACAAAGUGCGGCAGAAUAAUGAAGAAGGAGGCACGUCGCCCUACGGCCCAAAUGCAUGGGAAUUCAAACACCCGGAAUUCAAGGCCAACAACAAAGACUCGCUGGAUAACAUUCGAAGAAAAGCUCCUGCCCCUCGGAAACCGUCCGCUAUGAAUGAGGGCGAGAUUCCGAUACAACAGAUAGAUCUGAUGAAUCAGCAGCUGGUUGCUCAAUCGCAGCAACUCGAGCAAUUAUCGCAACGAUACGCCGAGAUGGCUAUGAAUCAGCAAAUGGUGCUUCAAGAAGUAUUACGUGUGCAAAAAACCGUCCUCAACCACGAGCACGUAAUCCAAAAUGUCAUGACCUUCUUGCACUCUGUUGAUGCGAAGCAGAGAAGGGACAGCAAAAUCAUGUUCAACACAGGUGACACAGGCCAAACCGCUCAGCUGACACCAACCAGCCAGAGUAUCGCCGUUCCCGAGGAUGAGCCCGCAUCACCAUUACAGCACGCGAGCAAGCUUUUGAACGAGAGCAACGCUGAAGGACAAUUCAAUCUUGCAAGCAUGGAGCAGUUACAUGAUCUCUCCAAUAAAACUCCAGGGGUGAUGUCGACGCCGCCGGCCGAUCAGCAUAUGCGUAAUGCGAACAGAGCUCCUCAAUCUGCCGAUUCAAGCUCUACAUUGGGAUAUGCCCGCCUCAACAAUGGUGAAUUAGAUCAAGUGGUAUAUCCAAUGGGAACCAACAAUGGAAUUGACCCAAUGUACAGCGAACAUGUUAACAAUAUUCCUUACUCAUUGCCACCAAAAGAGCUCGAUCCGUCGGAUCCAAGGAGACAUUACGCAGAUGGUAGAAAGAAGAGCACAUUCGCCGACCCUGGCUGGAGUAGGCAGCCACGUAUACUACUUGUCGAGGACGAUCCAACCUGUCGACAGAUUGGUGGGAAGUUCUUGUAUUCUUUCUGCUGCGUGAUUGAUUCUGCUCUUGAUGGCCUCGAAGCCGUGAAUAAAAUCCAGGAAGGUGUCAAGUACGACAUGAUUCUCAUGGACAUUAUAAUGCCUAAUCUGGAUGGUGUAUCUGCUUGCCACCUUAUCCGGCAAUUUGACCGUACGCCAAUCAUUGCCAUGACUUCCAACAUCAGAAGCGAUGAUAUCCAAAUGUAUUUCCAGCAUGGCAUGGAUGAUGUUCUGCCUAAACCAUUCACUCGGAAAUCUCUUCUCGACAUGCUCGAGAAGCAUCUCUCACACCUCAAAAGGCUACCUCCAGGAAUGGAGCCACCUCCUUCCGCCACCACUUCUUCGAUCCCUCAGUCAUCUACUGGUCAAAGUAUCAAAGACGACGCCUCUUCACCUGCUCAAUCACCAGCAGGCUCCAUGGGCAAUUGGCAAUCUCCCGGACAAUAUCCAGGGGUAUCACCUAUCCAUACCAACAUCCCUACUCAGUAUGCCCAGAUGGCCAACCACAGCCCGUACGGUACGAGUCCGCACACACCGAUAACAGCACACAUACCGGGGCGUCAACAACAACCAUACCAACAACCCCAGCAGCAGCAGCAGCCGCAGCAUCGACGCCAGAUCAGUGAAAUGUCAGGUGGAGUAACAGACAUGAAUGGAUUUAACAAGCGACAGCGUGUUUAUGUUCAGCCCGGUCCAAGUAUGGGCAUGCCGGGUGGGCCACAAUAA